AUGAUCAGCCCGAGAGAGAGUCCAAGAGAAGAGGCAGUCUCCAGCGAGAUAUUGUAUGGAGACCUAGCAGCUUAAUUGACAAAGGCUCCAUCAUGUACGACCCAGUAAAAACACCGCCGGCUAUUGUGCUAGACAACGUUGCCACUGGAAACAUUGGUAAAAACGAUGCGAGGUGCUUCUUCAGCAAGCAGUGUGUUUAGCUGGUAGUCUCAUGAGACACGGCAAGGACAGCGUCGAUCUCGCGAGUUCGCAGUAUGAAAAAGUCAAGACGCUGGCUCACGUUGGCUUUGAGCUUGAUCAAUUGACGGUACUUAAAGCUUUGUGCCUUAUGUCAUGCUGGAGUCCUUCUUCCCCCUACCUCGUCACCCUUGAUGGACCAUGGCACUGGACAGGUAUGGCUUCGUGUAUGGCGCUUCAAUUGGGUCUUCAGAAACAGUCGUCAUACAUCAAUCGUCAGAGUGCUGGUUGCUUACGGCGAAUAUUCUGGCACCUUCAGACGAGUGAAAUUCUUAUGACAGCUUGCUGGGGGCGACCCCUCCUCCUCAGACCCGAAGACACUAAUGUACCACCGCUCGUAGAGGAAGACUUUACGGUGCAUAACUUUGAAGCAACUGCCACAACCUGGAUGACGAAGCUCAUUCAGAUCGUUGGGGAUAUCACGACUCUGAAAUUCAGGAAAGGUGGCCCAACAUCGGCAGAAGUGGAAGCCGUCGUCGCAUCGCUCUACGGCUGGCUGACUAACCUGCCUAGAGACUUACGGCUGUUUAGUCCUGAUGGGAUCAAAAAGCCAUUCAAUCAACAACGCGCCGAGAUUUUCAUCUUCUACUUCGUCGCCAUUGUCCUCAUUCAGACGGUUACCAGAAGUAGUUCGUCGUUGUGGAGAACUUCGCCGGCGUCGGUCCUCGCUGCAUCCUGUGCUGCGCGGCUUUACGACGAAAUUCAAUGCAGAGAGCGCGUCGUCCAUCUAAUUCACUAUCAUGCAUUCCUUGUCUUGGUCGUCGGCGUCGUUUUGAUAUCUCAUCAACCUCAAUCGCAAGAGAAAGAGAGCGUACUCAGCAGAGAUCUUGAUGUUAUCCACUGCAUCCUGGAGGGUAUGAACGCCAAGUAUGGAGGGGCUCGCGCUAUUUUGGUCAAGUUCAAAGACGCGUCACGAGACUUUGGAGGUGAGCGGGUUGAUGAAUCGUCCUCUUUGAGAAGCGAGACAGCAGGCUCCCAUGCUUUAUCAACAGCAAGGAUUGUACAGGACCACAUGGUCAACCUAUUUGCUUUCCCAUCAGAAAUGUGCGAGAACAUGGACAUUCUGUCACAAAUCAACGACACCAGAGACGGAGGCAUCUUUCAAGAUGACGCUUUUGGAGGCCUGGGGGAGGACUUUGACGACAUUACCUAAUUCAUGGAUGUACUUGGCAUGGACUUCACAAAUUUCGAUGGGUGUAGUCAACCAACAAAUUAUCGACAUCGUCGUUUCGCCUUCUAAACGUGGCACAACAGUCUGGUCUGACAUGGCUCAUGGCUCCAGAUUGAGCGCCAGCUCAAAUGAAGUAACUGCUCCUCGGACGCG